AUGAACACCACAGAGGAUCGCAGCAAACGCGCACUGCACGAGCUGCAUUUGACACAAUCUAGAGAAAAUGGAGAUCUAGGACCUUCACAAUCAGGAUACGUAUCAAAAGUAGCAGCAAAACCUGUCCCAGUUGCUAAGUCAUGGGCGCAUUUCGUUGCUGGAGGUGUUGGGGGAAUGACAGCCGCAGCUCUCACAGCACCUCUCGAUGUUCUAAAAACACGCUUGCAAUCCGAUUUCUACCAAGCACAACUGGCGCAGAGUCGUCUGGCCAAGGGGAUUUCUCCACAUGCACAUCUCUCGCCACUACGUAGCGGACUUUUACAUUUCCGUGAAACUUUUCAGAUCCUCGGGUCAGUACAUAGACUUGAAGGAUAUCGUGCACUCUUCAAAGGAUUGGGGCCAAAUCUUGUAGGCGUGGUUCCUGCGAGGUCAAUCAACUUUUUCGUCGUGGGCAAUGGGAAGCGAAUAUUGGCGGGGUAUAAUGGUGGGGUGGAAUCAGCUUGGGUAGUUUGUCUUGCGGCUGCCGCUGCUGGAAUUACGACGAGUACGGUCACAAAUCCUAUCUGGUUAAUCAAAACUCGAUUGCAACUGGAUAAGAAUGUGGCCGAGAGAGCAGGGGAUGUCGGGAAGAGACAGUACAAGAACAGUUGGGAUUGUAUCAAGCAGGUUGUAAAGGGAGAGGGAAUACGGGGCCUGUAUAAGGGAAUGAGUGCGAGUUAUUUGGGUGUUACGGAAAGUACGUUGCAGUGGGUUUUGUAUGAACAGAUGAAGAAAAGCUUGGAGAAGAGAGAGGAGAGGAUAACCUUGAGUGGGAAACCCAGGAAUUUCUUGGAUCACUCAAUACAAUGGACUGGAAGUCUAGGAGCAGCAGGGUUUGCAAAACUUGUGGCAGCACUUGCGACUUAUCCUCAUGAGGUUCUACGAACACGCCUAAGACAAGCACCUUUGGAUCAUGGACGCCCCAAAUAUACAGGACUCGUUCAAUGCUUUAACCUCGUCUGGAAAGAGGAGGGAAUGGCUGCUUUAUAUGGAGGCUUAACGCCGCAUCUAUUACGAACAGUGCCGAGUGCUGCCAUCAUGUUUGGCAUGUAUGAGGGAAUAUUGAAGCUACUGGAAAAGCCAGCUUCACCUUGA